CCUCCAGGGACGCUAGCUUGGCACUUUUUAGAUUCUGUUGAAGGAACUCGCUCAGGUGCUACACUCGUCUCCAUCAACUACAGUCUGCACAGGAGAUCGCCCACCCAUCACCAAAUUCCAACACCAUCAUGUGGAUCAUUAACUGGUUCUACGACGUUCUGGCCUCGCUUGGCCUGCUCAACAAGCACGCGAAACUGUUAUUCCUCGGUCUUGACAAUGCCGGAAAGACGACGCUGCUACACAUGCUCAAGAACGACCGCGUUGCGAUCCUGCAGCCGACCCUGCAUCCUACCUCGGAGGAGUUAUCGAUCGGAAAUGUGAGGUUCACAACAUUUGAUCUGGGCGGCCAUCAGCAAGCCCGUCGCCUGUGGAAGGAUUAUUUUCCCGAAGUCAACGGCGUCGUGUUCUUGGUUGACGCCAAGGACCACGAGCGGUUCCCCGAGGCCAAGGCCGAGCUCGACGCCCUCCUGUCGAUGGAGGAGCUGGCCAAGGUGCCCUUUGUCAUUCUCGGCAACAAAAUCGACCACCCGGAUGCCGUGUCCGAGGACGAGCUCCGCCACCAGCUCGGCAUGUACCAGACGACGGGCAAGGGCAAGGUGCCGCUCGAGGGCAUCCGGCCCAUCGAGGUGUUCAUGUGCUCGGUGGUCAUGAGGCAGGGCUAUGGCGAAGCCAUAAGAUGGCUGUCCCAGUAUGUGUAGAGCACUGCUGACUGGGGUUGGUGGCAUUAAUCAGAGUGUGAUACUCGCGGAGGGCACAGCGGACGGGAGAGAUGGAGUCGGCAGAACGGGUGCGAGUCUGUUUUGGGAAGCAAGAAUAGAAAGACUUGCGGUCGAUGCGUCUUCGCUGUCAUGGGGCUCACUUGUAGGUCCAUGGGCGCUGCUGGGAAAUUUUUCCUACUACACCUAGUCUGAACUACGACACGAUAUGACUCGGCAACUAUACCUCUUGUGUUGGUUGGGGACUCGGCUUGCGGGUUAGAUCUCACCAUAAGGCAUGAUGCUCGAGAGUGACUGAGCACCUGGUUUCAAUUUUAUUUUCUUAUUCUUCCGGGAGUAAUGCAUAGCCCAUGGUACCCUAAGGAGCAGAUCACUGUUCAGCCUAGUACGAGCCUGAGAUGCUGUGAGAAGGGAGAUGCCGCGGCGCAGCAUCAGCCAUG